UUUAUACGAGGCCGAAACCCUGCCCAACCCGAUACUUGCCGGUCCGUUUCUCGCCAUGGUCCAGAUUAUCGGUCGUCCGUGAACCUGUGGCGAUCCCGACCAAUCGCAUCUGCCUCUCUACCUCUGUUCAAAUACCACGUCGAGCACCCCAUCAAUUCGGCAUCAUGCUGGCAGUCCAACCUCGUCGAUUGUUGCAGCGGCGGAGGGGCCUGCUACUCAUCGCAGUCUCCGCCGCAAGCCUCUAUUGGCUUCUACUCCAUGCAUCCGCCGCUCCCCCAACUACCCAGUGGUCUGGCGGAAACCCCGCGCCGGCGCGUGUUCCGCUCCAGGGCGACGCCGAAGGCAAGAAAGCACCUGAACUUGCGCCUCCAAACGCCCCCAUAGCUCCUCUACCUCCCUUACCUCUACCUCCCGUAGUCCCCGUCGAGCCCGCCGGCGACCAGCGCAACCGGCACCCCGACAGCAAAGGUGCAGCCUCUACCCACGAAGAGGAUGAGGAAGAUGAGGAGGAAAAGAAAAAGAAGGACGAGGACGAGCAAAGGGAAGAGGACCUACGUGCUAAAUUUAAUAAAGAAUACGAGGCACUAGCAAAGAAGCCUGGUGCCGACGCCCUAUUCGGGCAGACGCUCUACACGCUGGGGACGAGAAAAAAUCAACGUCUCACUAUCGAUUCGCAUUUGAAGCCUUCUGAGGAGAAGGUAUAUUAUAGCGAUCACUACCCCUACGUCUACAACCCUUAUCCCACGUACAACGGCGAGGCCUGGCUCGCCGAGAAGGCCGAGCAUGUGCCUUGUGAAGGCCCCGGUGGCGUACUACCCCAGGAUAUUAUGGUUUUCAAGGGACAGCCCAAAGAUUUCCCCGAGCCUGGAUUUGGCAGCUACAGUCUCCUCGGUAUGGAUGGAAACUUGUGCUACGAGCGUGCGACGCGGCUGGGUAUAUACGGCUACCAAUCGGACAACGACACCUCGGCUUCGUCAGUCGACUGGGACAGCACCCGCUGGGGUGAGCUACAGGACAAGUGCGCCUACAAGAACAAGGCCCGGUUCGAUAUGAAGGGACAUCCGAACCCUUACCUUACUUCGAUCUAUCCGCGCCAAAAUUCAACCCGCCCCGCGAUGUCAGGUGGUGACGUUACGAAAAAGUCCGGCCCUGUAGAAUCGCCGUGGCAAAUCGACGAUUCGAAAAGGGCGAGUCCAACCUUGCGAAAGCGGGACAGCGCUGAACAGCCCAAAUCUGGCAACUCAAAAAAGAUCGUCAGGCCCGAAGCGAGAACGGCACUUCUGCUACGGACGUACACCGGGAAGGAAUAUAGCGACAAUGAUAUGCAGGUAAUCCGGGCUCUGAUCACUGAACUUUCGCUGCGUACUGGCGGCCUGUACCAAGUGUUCUUGUUUGUCCACGUUAAGGAUACAUCCCUAGCUAUCUGGGAGGAUGAAGAGACCUACCAGUAUGUGCUAGCGAGGAAUGUACCUCCGGAGUUUCGGGGCAUCGCUAUCCUCUGGAAUGACGAAGCCACGCAAAGCAUGUACCCUAAGAUUGACCCUAAGAAGGCGACUGUGCAUGUCUCGCAGUGGCUGUCGGUUCAGAAGUUUGCUCAGGAGUUCCCCGAGUUCGACUACAUCUGGAACUGGGAGAUCGACGCGAGAGUCACCGGCCAUCAUUACGAUUUUGUCGAGAAAUUGGCGUCCUUUGCGAAGCGCCAGCCCCGGCGGGGGCUAUGGGAGCGGAACGAGCGCUACUAUAUCCCGUCCGUCCACGGUGACUACGACUCCAAAUUUCGGAAGGAGGUCGAGCGCGUAUCGGGCAAGGAUACGGUCUGGGGGCCUCCCCAGCUGCCUUUUGUCAAUCCCGUCGGGCCGAAGCCUCCGGUCGCGAAUCCCGAGGAUGACGACUACCAAUGGGGCGUUGGGGAGGAGGCAGACCUCAUCACUGUUGCUCCUAUCUUCAACCCGAUGAAUAGCUCCUGGAUCAGCGGCAACGAGCUCUGGGGAUUUAAUGAUUCCACCCACGCCACCCUAGAUCUGCCGAGGAGAGCAACCAUCAUCACUCACUCUAGGGUGUCCAAACGGCUCCUCGACAUCAUGCAUGUCGAGAAUAUCCGCGGAAACCAUAUUUCCUCCGAGAUGGUCACGCAGACAAUCGCACUCCUCCAUGGUCUCAAGGCAGUCUAUGUCCCGAUGCCCGUGUUCUUUGAUAGGCCUUGGCAAGGCAAAGAUCUCGCCAGGUGGUUCAACGGUGGCCCCAAAGGCGAAAGCGGAAAUAUUGGCUCUGCCAUGGGCUGGGGACGAGAGGCUAGGUACCGCGGAAGCACUUGGUACUAUCGCGCAAACCCGCCACAGCGACUCUAUCUCAAUUUCAUGGGCUGGGAAGACACGAACAUAGGCGGGGCCGAAUGGGAAGAGAUGUACGGAAGACCUUGCUUGCCGCCAAUGAUGUUGCACCCCAUCAAAGACAUCGAGCCCACGCAGCCGGGGCACAAGAGCGAGUCGAACCUCCCUUACUCUUGAGAGGAUAAGCAGUCGACACGACCAUAGAAACCUAAGACGCCUAGCUUUAUAUCCUAUGGGGGUAUGCGUCGUACGCCCGUCAGUUUCGGAGAGCAGACCAA